CUAUAAAAUUAGGGUAAUAUUUAAUUUCCUUGCUUUUGAAUUUAUUUAUUUACUUUUUUUUUAUAAAAAAUAGCCAUUUCUUUUAGACAAAAUUACAAAAACCAAACAUCUAGCUUCCAGUUAGAGAGUCACUCACCAGUACAGCUUCCAUGGCAGCAUCAAGCUCUGAAGCAGAAAUGAAAAAGGAAGAACAAGCAAAAACCAUGGAAGAAGAAGAAGAAGAACAACAACAACAACAACAACAACAAAAACAUCACCAUAACCAAUCAGAAGAAAACGAAAACGAUGACGAAUCCCAUCCUCCUCUCUCUGCUCGCUCUUCACCUCCCCAUUCCCUCUCCAGCAGCAAAGAUCCCUCGCCGCCGCUCCAUUCUCCGUCCAUCUCCUCGGAUUUUUCCGAUCAUACUUGUCACACUCAUGGAAACUCCUCCAUCGACGACGCUCUUUCCAUUACACGACUUGAGGACUUGCCACCGUCGGCUAAUCCUCCGUCUCCCAGACCCGUGGCCGCCAACCGCGCGCAGCCGACGGAGCCGAUUGUAGUGACCAAGGUGGAUGCUGAAAUACAGGGAGUACGGAAAGUGGAAGAGGUAAGUGAUAGUGAUGGUGAUGUAGAGAGUGGCGAUGGCGGUAAGGUUGGGCGAGGACGGAAGCUGAUGGCGAGUUUGUCGAUGAAGAAAAUGAAGAGGGAGGAAUCGAGGAAGAAAAUCUUGCUAGGGUUUAGAAUUUGUGGAUUCGCCUUCUGUUUGGUUUCGUUUUCGGUUAUGGCUUCUGAUAAGAAUCAGGGCUGGGCUUUGGAUUCCUUCUAUCGCUACAAGGAAUUCAGGUAUUGUAUGGCAGUGAACAUUAUUGGAUUUGUUUACUCUGCACUUCAAUCCUAUGAUCUUGUAUAUUUUCUCUCCACUGGGAAACACAUGAUCCGUAAUCACUUCAAGCAAUACUUCGAUUUCUUCAUUGAUCAGAUAAUAGCAUAUCUUCUUCUAUCAGCUUCGUCUUCGGCUGCGACCCGAAUUGAUGAUUGGCAAUCCAAUUGGGGAAAGGACAAGUUUCCAGAUAUGGCUACUGCUUCUUUGGGAUUGUCCAUUGUUGCAUUUGUUGCUUUUGCCUUGAGUUGUAUAAUCUCCGGUUAUACUCUCUGUAAAUCUGCUUAGAUAACAUUUCUGGACUUAUCAUUGGCAAACUAUUCAAUGAUGAUAGCAACAAACAAACCGAUGCUGGUGAGCAUAAUAUAGAAGAAGAUUUAUUUCAACACUCUGCUGUGAAUUAGGUAUGCUUCACUUGAAAAUAUAUUUGGGUGUUUACUUUUAAUUCUUUGUAAAUAGGAUGAAGAACACUUGUUCUGCA